UGUCACCAGGUGCAGAUCUGGGUGGUCUGAUGGACCUGGAGUCUUUGUACCGUGGUGUGCAGCAAAGCAUUAACAACACACGUGCUUCAAGAGUGCGCCGGCAGAGUCUGGACAGAGCCUACAACAUUGAAGUGCUGCUGGGAGUCGACGACUCUGUGGUCCAGUUUCAUGGGAAGGAGCAUGUCCAAAAGUACCUGCUGACACUCAUGAAUAUUGUGAACGAGAUCUACCAUGACGAUUCCUUGGGAGCAAAAAUCAAUGUUGUGCUGGUGCGGAUAAUCAUGCUGGGCUAUGGCAAGUCUAUGAGCCUGAUUGAACUUGGGAACCCAUCUCAGAGUCUGGAGAAUGUGUGUCGCUGGGCCUUUCUGCAGCAGAAACAAGACACAGGGGAUGCGGAGUAUCACGAUCACGCCAUUUUCCUCACACGCCAAGAGUUCGGCCCAACGGGCAUGCAGGGUUAUGCUCCAGUGACGGGGAUGUGCCAUCCUGUAAGAAGCUGCACUCUGAACCACGAGGAUGGGUUUUCUUCAGCCUUUGUUGUGGCUCAUGAAACCGGGCAUGUGCUUGGAAUGGAGCAUGACGGUCAGGGAAACCGCUGCGGAGAUGAGGUGCCCAUGGGCAGCAUCAUGGCUCCUCUGGUGCAAGCUGCCUUCCACAAAUUUCAGUGGUCUAGAUGUAGCAUGCAGGAGCUGGGACGCUUCCUUCAUUCCUAUGACUGUCUCCGGGACGACCCAUUUGACCACAACUGGCCAUCGCUCCCUCAACUUCCUGGUUUGCACUACUCCAUGAAUGAACAGUGCCGCUUUGACUUUGGUGUGGGCUACACCAUGUGCAUCGCGCAGCUACAAAAGGCGGGCCGGUCAGGAUCGCAGUACCGUACAUACGACCCCUGCCAGCAGCUGUGGUGCAGUCAUCCAGACAAUCCGUUCUUCUGCAAGACCAAGAAAGGGCCCCCCAUUGAUGGCACCAUGUGUGGGAAUGGAAAGCACUGCUUUAAAGGUCACUGCAUCUGGUUGACUCCUGACAUCAUGAAGCAAGACGGAAACUGGGGCUCGUGGAGCGAGUUUGGCCAGUGCUCACGCACCUGUGGAGGAGGAGUGCAAUUUCGCACCAGAAACUGUAACAAUCCCAGUCCAGCCAAUGGUGGCCGUACCUGUAGAGGGACCCCUUACCAGUUCCAGAUGUGUAACAACAAUGAGUGUGAGGACAUCUACAGUGAUCCGAGGGAGGAGCAGUGUCAGGCCUCGGAGUACAGCAGCAAGCACCACUGGCUGCCUUAUGAACACCCAGACCCUAAAAAACGCUGCCACCUGUAUUGCCAAUCAAAGGAAACCAGAGAUGUGGUCCUCAUGGAGAAACUGGUCCUGGAUGGCACACGCUGCUCGUACAAAGACCCUCACAAUGUGUGUGUGCGUGGAGAGUGUGAGAAGGUGGGCUGUGAUGGCGUGGUGGGCUCCUCGAAGCAGGAGGACAAGUGUGGAGUGUGUGGAGGUGACAACUCCAGCUGCGAAACCUUCAAAGACAUAAUCAUGCGGACUGCUAAAAAGCAAGGGUUCCUUAAAGUUCUUGAAAUCCCCAGAGGAGCAAGGCAUUUACUGAUUCAGGAGCUGAAUGCCACCUCACACACUAUUGCUGUUAAAAAUGUGGCAUCAGGACUGUUUUUCCUAAAUGGGGAAAAUGAAUACCCAGAGUCCCGCUCUGUUAUAGAGAAGGGUGUGAAAUGGGAGUAUGGGAUUGAUAACGACAAGGAAACCCUUCAGAGCACAGGGCCUCUCAGACAUGGGGUUCUAAUAAUGAUGAAAUUGCAUGGAGAUGAGGAUGUCAUUUUGUCCUAUAAAUACACGAUGAAUAUGGAUGGUGAUUCGACUAUUUACGACAACAUGCUGGUAGAAGACAGUGCCUACGAAUGGGCUCCGAAAAAGUGGUCCUAUUGCUCCAAAGCUUGUGGUGGAGGGAAGCAGUAUUUGCGAUAUGGCUGCAGAAGAAAAGUUGACAGCAAGAUGGUUCAUAAAAGCUUCUGUAACAAGUCCAACAUGAAGCCCAGAGGAGAUAUUAGGAACUGCAACCAAAAGCCCUGUCCUCCACCCAUCUGGGUGACAGGAGAGUGGCAGAACUGCAGCAAAUCCUGUGGUAAGACUGGGAUGCAAGUACGCUCCGUCACCUGUGUUCAGCCUUCGGAGGACAACACAACACGCCUCAUUCACAAUAAGCACUGCAGCGAUGACCGUCCAGAGUCCCGCAGGUCCUGCAACAGACAUCCCUGCCCUACGCAGUGGAGAGUUGGCCCCUGGUCACAAUGUUCAGUGACAUGUGGAAAUGGGACGCAGCAGAGGCAGGCACUGUGCCACACCAGAGACAACACCAUUGGACUCUGUCUAGACAGCAAACCUGAUACCAUAAGAGUUUGUCGCCUGGAACCAUGUCGCAAGGGCUCAUCAGACCUUAACAAGAAUGGCAACAUUCUGAUCCAGUGGCUUUCCCGGCCCAACCCAAACUACCCCAGGAUCUCAUCACGCCUGCCAUGUAAGGGAGACCGCUCGCUGUUCUGUCUUAUGGAGGCUCUUCAGCGCCGCUGUUUCCUACCGGAUUACUGGCGCUUAUGCUGCAAGACGUGCAGCAGCAUCAACAUCACCAAACCUGGACCUAACCCCGCUGCUACAUCUACCCUUAGUAGCACUGCCCCCAGUAAUACUGUCACCCCUACUCCAUCUAUAAAUCUCCUGAGCUUAAUCCUAACCACCUCUCAACUCACUAAAGGAAUACUUACCACUCAAUUGGCUACAACUAGCUCUCCUUUCCUCCAGACCAAAUCUGCUUCUGCUGCUACCCCACCCCUCCAGGACACCACAACCCAAACCUUUCAUCCCACAUCUUCUCUGAGAGCCACAAAAAUAAUUCCUUCUCAUCUUCCAGCUACAACCAGUUUGCCUUUCAUCUCCACCUCUUCUAGCACUUUUUCAACUUCUGCAACCCCAAAUUUUCCAGCUUCUACAUCUGAAACCAUCCAUUCCUCUACACCAACUGCAACAAAAGUAAUUCCAACUCCUCCACCAGCUGAAACAGGCGUUUUUCUCCUCCCCACCACUGUGCCUACUAUCAACACUGUGUUUUAUACAAAUCAUCCCAAUGCUGACAUCACAGAUCUGAUGCUACAGAGUUCCUCAGCUACGUCAGCAGCUGGAACAAGUGCCGAAUUCCUUACACCAAAGCCCACUCCCGUAACAAGUCUCAAGGAGAGUAGUACCGUUAUAGUAAACACACUUAAAAGCAAUCCUAAAAAGAACAUUCAGCCACAAAACAAAAAAACUCUGGUUCCUUCAAAGGAAAGUGUAAAAAAGGAAAUAACACAAAGAAAUACUACAGAAAAAUAUGUUUCACCAAAGAAAAAUCUUCAAAAGAAGACCCCUCCAAAGGAUAUAUCUCAAAAAAAGACAAUUCCAGUGAAGAAAACGGCAAAAAACACCAAACCACCAAGCAGUGAUCCCAAAAAAACAAUUCUGCCAAACCCACCUAUGAAAAAGACCACUCUAGCAAAUAACACCAGACCACCAAACCCUCAUGCAAAGAAGAAAACUCCCCUAAAUAAUACUCCAAAGAAAACUAUUCAAUCAAAGACUAAUGGGGAAAAAAUUUGUCCACCAAUCACAAACCCUACAGUCAAAAAGACAACUUUAGCGAAAACUGUGCUAAGAACAAAUACUUCAUCAAAGUAUAAAGUAAAAAAAACAAAUCCACCAAACAUUAGUCCCAAAAAUGAAUCUACACUGAAUAAUUCUCCAAUAAAGAACGUUCCAGGCAUUAACCCUCCCCACAAGAAAACUAAUGGGGAAAAAAUUAGUCCACCGAACACAAACCCUACAGUCAAAAAGACAACUUUAGCGAAAACUGUGCUAAGAACAAAUACUUCAUCAAAGUAUAAAGUAAAAAAAACAAAUCCACCAAACAUUAGUCCCAAAAAUGAAUCUACACUGAAUAAUUCUCCAAUAAAGAACAUUCCAGGCAUUAACCCUCCCCACAAGAAAACUCCAAACAUCUCUUCUAUAAAAAAGCCUCCAUUAAAAACCAUGCCAGAAAAGAAAACUAAACCGUUACCUAAAAAGCAGGUUGAUUUAAAGACCAAUCCUAAAAAAACUCCAGAGUCAAAGAAAAUUGUCACAAAGCAAUCUCAAACAAAGACGAACAUUAAAAACAGCCAAAAACAAGUAUCAAAAGAUGCCAUAAAGUCAAACAUAAAUGUCAAACAGAGUAAAGUUAAGGAGAUAAAGAUCAAUCCAAAACACAAAACCUCACCGGGCACACCGCCCACCCCAGAUGAGGUUUUUACCUCCGCUAUUUCUCACAACCGCAUAGUAGAAGGGACAGUGUUGAACUUUCCUUCCUCUAAGUCAAAGAUUAGCCCAACGGACAUUAAUAGGGACAUUUUGUUCACGGACGAUGCCCCAUCCAUUCACCUCGUUAGCACAGACGCAACGACACCUGGCCCUUUUGAUGAUUUCCUAAAAUCCUCUUAUGACGUUAGCCCUGAGGCUGUCACAGCGACUAUGCCAUAUAGCGAGAUCACAGUGACAUUUCCAAGUGGCAAUACCAUUAAAGAGUCCUACAGCAAUUUGGGAGUGCAGGAAGACGGUGACUCCAUGGAUAUCGCAACUAUAAACGGAGAGGACACAACAGAGCUAGCCCCAUCCCCUGGGAUGGACCUGUCUGAACUCAUUCCUGUAGUUGAAUCCAUUCCAGCGACAACUUCAGACCUUCCUGGUACCCCUGUUCCCACCUUGGUCCUUCACACAAAUGAAGAACAAACAACAGUAACCUAUGAAAUGAUCCCCACUUCGAAGCAUCAGCAAAUAGCUGAGGAGAACAAUGAGAGAAACUCAAUCGAUGUGUUUGAUAACAGUGUUGUUAGUGUGACCGGUGACAUCUCUCAAAACAAUCUGAUCCCAAAGCACCGGGUCAGUCUCAGAGAAAGAACCAGGAACAAACGGAUACAAGAACUUCUGGAGGAGAAGCGAAAUUUUCUCCUCAGGAUGAAAAGGGGUCCUGCCUAAUAACUGAACAGCCAUUCCCAAAUCUCUUAUAGAGAUAAACUCUUCUUGACUGCAACAAUGUUUUAUAUCAGGCCAGCUAAAGAAAAUAUCUCCUAGAGUCAAGCAAAAUGCAUCUUUAUUUAAAGGUAUAGUGGAGGAUUUUCGAGAAUAUUUGAAAAGACCACUCUCCCCUUUAAAAAAAAAGGGACAUGCACAACCCUGUACCCUCUCCCGUUUGGGAAUGUCUAUUAAACGCGUGCCCAUUUUUACUCGUGCAUGCUAAAAGUUGCUGUUUGCAUCCCUUAUACAGGCUUACUUUCGAAAACAAGAUUUGCAAUUUUUCCACUAUGUGAGACUCACCACCGGAAAGAUAGCUACCUGGGGACGAGCACAUGGGAGGGCCUUAUGUAAACAUAUCACCAGAAUGAUUGACAAUUAGGAGGACCACUUAUUUUGAUGAUCCAAAUGGAACCUCCAUCCUACGUUAUACCUUUACUUUUUUCUCAUUGAAUAUCAUGCUAAAUAUUGCCGAUUUGGUGCAUUUUAGCAUGCCUUUAAACAGGGUUAAAGUUGCACAGGGCCUUUGAAAAGCCAAGUUACUUUUUAUUCUCUUCACAUCAAAAUAUGUUAUCUAAGAAUUCAGUCUCCCUGUAGAUAUGAUGUAAAUAUUGUUUUAUAAGUACCCAUAAAACAGAGUUUAGCACCUUUAUUUUCGAGAUUAUAUUUAAUGUUACUGCUAAUGAUUCAACCAGCCCUUUAGAUUUAAGUGUCUUCUUGUGAGAUUAAAUAUUUGUUGCCCUGGAAAUAUUAGAUAUUUUCAAAGUUCCUAGAGUAAUAAAUGCAAUUUUAAUUUUCACGCUUGUUAGAAUGGUGCCAUUUCCAAAGCAGAUGUUUUCUGUAAGGAUUCUAAACUCUCAGGAAUCUAAAGUGUGAAAGAUUAAUUAAAGGUAGUUGCAAAUGUUUGGUGCUUAAACUUCCCACCGAGCAAAGUGGAAUUCACAGUCAUGAGGGAAAUAAUCAUUUAAUGACUCUUUUUUUCUUCCUUAAGUCAGUAAUGGUGCUUUGUUCAUCAAUGUUGCUAAAAGUUAAAACAUUUCUCAUGCAUUUAUUCAUUCAAGAAAAGAAAAGAAAGAAAAAAAAAUUCAUCAUAUCUUCGCCAAACCUCUGAAGGCCAGUCUGUUUCUUUCGCUCUUAAAAGUUGUAUUAUUUGUACAUGUUUAAUUUAAUGCAUCAGAAAAAUCACCUAUCUUUCUGUACUAUAUAUGUACAUAAGAAAAGAAGUUAAUGUAAAAUAUUUAUUAAAGUUUAAAUACCUUUGA